CACAGCCGCCGCGGCCUGUGGAAGGGCCGCGCUCCGCUCCGCGGCCGCGCCAUGUACCCGGCCUGGGGCUUGUACGGGGCGGCGGGGCACUACCCGCCGCCGCCCACCUCCAUCCCGCCCCCGCCGCUGCCCAUCCCGCCCCCCAGCGUGCCGCCUCCCGCCGUCCCGCCGAUGCCGCUGCCCAGCUACCCGCCGCCGGGCCCCGCGCCCGCCGCCCCGCCGCCCACCGGCACCUCGGGGUUCCUGAGCCUGCAGGAGCAGCACCUGGCGCAGCUGCAGCAGCUCCAGCAGAUGCACCAGAAGCAGCUGCAGUCCGUGCUGCUGGGGCCGCCGCCGCCGCCGGGGCCGCCCCCUCCGGGGCUGCCGCCGCCGCCGCUGCCCGGCUCCUUCACCGACUGGCAACAGCCGCCGCCGUCCGUGCCGCCGCCGGUGCGCAGCUACCAGAAGCAGUUCGCCCACCGCGAGCCGCCGCCAGCCCGCAAGCCGCCCGCCGCCGCCCGGGAUCGCGAUGGCCAGGAGCCGCCGGGCGGGCACGGCAGCUGGGGCGAGCCGGUGCCCUCCGAGCCGGUGCCCAUGGACAUGGAGCUGUCCUCGCCGCCGCAGUCCCCGCAGCCCGCCGCCCAGGCCUACCUGCCGCCCGCCCAGGCCUACCUGCCGCCCCCCCAGGCGGAGCCCUACCUGCCCCCGGCCCAGUCCCCGCCGCUCCAGCCCUACCUGCCGCGGGCGCAGGCCUCCCAGCCGCCCCCCUCCUUCUCCGAGCCGCCACCUUCCUACCUGGAGCCCCCGCCGGCCACCGCCUCCCAGCCCUACCUGCCGCCUCCUGCCCAGGGCUACAUGGCGCACCCCGAGCCCUACCUGCUGUCCUCCCAGGCCUCCCCUUCCCAGCCGGCGCAGCCCAGCCUGGCCCCCUCCAUCCCGCCCCCUGCCAAGCCAGCGCAGGCCCAUUUCCCCCCACCCCAGCCGUCCCUGGCGCUGCCUGCGGCUGCCCAGCCCGAGCCCGUGCAGGGGGCCGCCAAGGAGGCCGAUGGCAGCGAGCAGCCGGACCCCUCCACCAUGACUCCCCAGGAGCAGCAGCAAUACUGGUACCAGCAGCACCUGCUUAGCCUGCAGCAAAGGGCAAAAGCCCACGCUCAGGGACAGCAGCAAAUGAAAGGUCCAGUAGUGAAGGAUGCAUCUGAGCAGAGAGAGAAGUCGGAAGAAGGGAUAAUGAGCGCUUCAGCUCAGCAGUCCGAACCUCCAGCGCUGAAUGAAUCCCUGCCUCCGGCUUCCAAAGAAGACGAGUCGUCUCUUACAUCCACUGAAACUCAGCUCAAUAUUGAACCUCCCGAUGACCCCGAGGAAGAUUUGAGGUUGCAGCAAUUGCAAGCAGCAGCAGCUCAGUGGCAGCAGCAUCCCCAUCACAGGGUUGGAUUUCAAUAUCAGAGAAUAAUGCAGAAGCAUGCCCAGCUGCAGCAAAUAGUUCAGCAGUAUCAACAGAUUAUGCAACAGCCUCCACACUUAGAGACCAUGUCAGUGGACAUGCAGCUGCGACAUUAUGAAGCACAGCAAAAACAGUUCCAGCAGCUUCAUAAAGAUUGGGAGAGAUCAAUGAACCAACAGUGGCAGCAUCAGCUUCAAACCUACCCUCACAAAGACCAGCUUCAAGAGUAUGAGAAACAGUGGAAAGCAUGGGAUGAACAGAUGAAGGUCACUCAGUCCCAUCUGCAGGAAAAAGUGAGCUCACUCCAAAACCUGAAGAAUCAGUAUCCUGCAAAUGUUUCGCUGCCACCUCCAUUUGUUCCAUAUUCUCAGACCACUCAAGGUGGCAUUCCUGUUAUGCCUCCAACUUUACCUUCAACUACACCUCCGCUGGUCCCCCCGCCUCUCUCUUCCGUUUCGCAGUUAUCCAAUUCCUCUGUCCCUUCAGGAUCCAGUUCUCAAAGCAGUCAAUCUACUGAGACGUCAAGGCCAGCUCUGCUUCCCACCCCUGGUACCUAUGCAUCAAAAAUAUCCAGUUCAACUGUCUAUUCACCUUACCAUUCUCAAGUAAGUUCAUCCUUUGGCUCUUCAGACCAUGGAAAGUCUCAAGUUCAUCUUGGUAAACAAACUGUCUCUAUUUCGUCUGAGCAAGGAUGUGGGGAUCUGAAAACUGCUUCUUCAGUGUCUUCAACACAUGCACCUGCCAUGCAGGAUAAACCAGUGAGGUCGGGUGGAUUGCUUCCAGAUCCUCCCAGAUCAGCACGUUUUGAAAGCCCCAGAGGCCCUAGAUUUGAUGGACCUCGAGGAAGAGGAUAUGACAGAUUUGAAGGCUCAAGGCAGAGAGGCCCUCGUUUUGACUCCCAGCGCUCAGAAGGAUACAGGUCACGUUUUGACCGACAGAAUACAGAUGGACAAUCUUCAAGUAGAUGGGGGACUAUCCCGCGAGGACCAGCAGGACAAUUUUAUACUUCAGCAAAUGCAUCACAUGGACAUGGUUCCCGCCAGAGUGGUCCACGAUGGAGGGGUCCCAGGCCCCAUUUGGGACAGCAGCAGCAGCAGCAGCAGCAGUCACAGACAGACUCAGAGUCAGAAAACAAAGAACCUUUUACUGACAUAGCUGCUGAUCAGCAGACUGUAAGCAGAACACAGUCUACUCCCGACACGCAGAGUACAGGUCCCAUUGAGCUGAAUGAGGACCUGACAAACACUCAGCAGGAACCAUCCAAACCUGAAGUCAAAGAAACUGUUUCAGACCCUCCUAAAAAGUGGACAUGGAGUUCACAUGAUCCUAACCAGCAAGUAGAAGAGUCCAAAGCACCUACUCCACCUAUUCAAAACCAGAAAUCAACAUCCCUUUCUAGUAACCCUGUAGCUUUGCAGUCAGAUACUGCAAGAACAGCCGAUGCAGUAACCCCUGUAACAGGAGAUCAGGAGGUGGAGUCCCCAGAUGGCCAGUUGAUUGCUUCAGAUAGCACUCAGGACCUACCUGAACCAGAAGGCAGAGGGAAAGGGCCAUUUAUGCAUGAAGACAGAGGCAAGGGACCAGGAAACAGAGGAAGAGGUCAAGGCAGACUGGAUGAUGGCCGCGGCAGAGGGCAGGGGGAUGGCCGUGGCUGGGGAAUGGGCCGUGGCAGGGGGAUGAGAAGGAUGGAUGGUGGCCGAGGGAUGGGAAGGAUGGACGGUGGUUGGGGAAUGGGCAGGAUGGAUGAUGGCCACGGCCGGGGAAUGGGCAGGAUGGAUGAUGGCCGUGGCAGAGGAUACGUAUACAGAGGCAGAGGGCAGGCUAGACAGGCAUCCAUCCGUGGCAGAGGGAUGUUCCGGAGAGCAGGCAGCAGGGAGAGGAUGCCUGAUAGGCGGUCAGGCAGCAGGGAGAGGAUGCCAGAUGGACGGUCUGGCAGCCGAGAGCGGGGACUAGGUGGACGAUCAGAUAGCCACGAGAGGAUGUUCUCUAGCCGAGACAGAGACCUAGCUGGGCGGACAGGCAGCCGGGACAGGGGACGGGCAGGUAGCCAAGAGAGAGGCCCAGUCAGGCGGGCAGGUAGCCGGGAGAGGGAGCCCAUGCGACGGGCGGGUAGCCGGGAGAGGGGCCCGGUCAGGCGGGCAGGUAGCCGGGAGAGGGGCCUGGUCAGGCAGGCAGGUAGCCGCGAGAGAGGUCCCAUGAGGAGAUCAGGUAGUCGGGAGAGGGAAGCAGGAAGAUCUGAAACAUGCAAUAUAGAUAAACCCAUUCACCUAGGAGAUCACCCUGAUAAAUUGCCUCCGUACCACAGAGAUGAGACAUUCAGGGGUUCUUGGGGUCAUGAAGAUGAUAGAAUGCAGGAGGAAUUUCCUUUAGAUAGUCAAGAUGACCAUUCUUUGGAGCGUGAACGAUUGGAUGACUGGGAAAGAGAACGGUACUGGAGAGAUCACAACUCGGAUUAUCAGGAUGAUUCUGUAGAUGCGUAUGACAGGGAUGAGAGGUUGCAAUCCCACCAGUCAUUACCUCCAUUAUCUCCUCUACCACCACUACCUCCUUUAUCAUCUGAUCAUGACAGACGAGAUUCGUGGUGGGAUGACUGGAAAAGACCAAGAGAAAGAGAACUAGAGAGAGAUCUAGACAGGACUGGAAGAUCCUCAGAUAUUUAUGAUCAAGAUAGAGAUAGAGAAUGGGAUAGAGACUGGGACAUGAGACCUAUGGAUGAGAGAGAAAUGGGGAGUCGUGAUCUGGAUAUUCCCUCUCUGCCACCACUACCACCUCUUCCACCUCUGGACAGAUACCGCGAAGAUAGGUGGAGGGAGGACAGGAACAGAGAUCAUUAUGACAGAGACCUCCGAGACAGGGGGGAGCUGAGAAUUCGAGAGUAUCCAGAGAGAUAUGACACAUGGCGGGAGAAGCAAGACUACCUUCCUGAAAGGACUGACUGGGAGAGGGAACGGUUGUCAGAUAGGUGGUAUCCAGAUGACGGAGACAGACUGCGGUCUUUGGAUGAUCGUCCAGGUUCAUCCCUUCCUCCACCUUCACAUUCCUCUGAUACGCUGGGAGCAGAUUCAAACCUGGACUCUGACCAGUCCUUGCGAGGGGUGAUGGUCCUUAGCCAAAGACAACAUGAGAUAAUUCUGAAGGCUGCCCAGGAGCUCAAAAUGCUUCGAGAGCAAAAAGAGCAGCUACAGAAGUUGAAAGAGUUUAAACCUGACAUUUCCACACAGGACACUCCUAGAUCACAGAACACAAGCACAAGACCGGGUGCCUUUCAGGAACGCUGGGAUGAGGAUUCUUUCCACGGACUCUGGGACACAAAUGAGGAUAAAGGAGCAAAUAUGGAGUACGAGUUGUGUAAACAGGAGUCAAUGAUGCCUCCACCCGUCUCCUCACCUGUGAAAGUACCUGAUAUUCACACCUCUGUUCCGUCAGUCGUACCAAUGUCCCUUCCUCCAGUUAUUCCACCGGUUCCUAAAGCACCUGUAAUUCAGCAAACUGUAGAUUAUGGCCACGGGCGAGAUAUAACCACCAGUAAAGUGGAACAGAUUCCAUAUGGGGAGAGGGUAACCCUGCGUCCAGAACCUCUACCGGAGAGGCAAACAUUUCAAAAAGAGCACCCCAGUCGUUACAACAGAGAAAGAGAUCGUGAGCCUUAUUUUGAACGUCCAGGUAAUUCUAACACAGAUCAUCGGGAUUUCAAGAGAGAGCGAGAAUUGCACAGAGACCGUGGUUCUGUGGACUAUGAAAGAGAGAGAUAUGAGAAAGAGCGGCAUCCCCGAGAUGACAGGGUUUUACCUACUACACCUUCAAGGACUCCAUCUUAUCGUGACAAGAAAGACCAUCUCUCUAGGCGGGGUGGUUUUGAGAGACCACCAUAUGAACGAAAGACGGACCGUCCAGCAUAUGAUCAUGGGCCUUCCAUGUUUGGAGAAAAUUCUUCUGUCCAAACACUGGAAUUUGAAGGUGAUCGUAGAAAUUACCCCGAGGAAAGGAUUCCUAUUUCUGCUCCAUCAAUUCCCCGUCAGCCACCACCUGCUCCACGAGUGGAAAGGAAGCCAGAAUCUAAAAAUGUAGAUGAUAUUUUGAAGCCACCAGGACGGGAUAGCAGGCCAGAGAGGAUCGUAAUCAUAAUGAGAGGGUUGCCUGGCAGUGGAAAGACACAUGUAGCAAAACUCAUCAGGGAUAAAGAAGUAGAGUGUGGAGGACCUGCACCAAGGGUGCUCAGCCUGGAUGACUAUUUCAUUACUGAAGUGGAAAAAGAAGAGAGAGACCCAGAUACAGGGAAAAAAGUGAAAAAGAAGGUGAUGGAGUAUGAAUAUGAAGCUGAAAUGGAGGAGACCUAUCGUACCAGCAUGUUUAAAACUUUCAAAAAGACCUUGGAUGAUGGCUUCUUCCCCUUCAUUAUCCUUGAUGCUAUCAAUGACAGAGUGCGACAUUUUGAACAGUUUUGGAGUGCUGCAAAAACCAAGGGAUUUGAGGUGUACUUAGCUGAAAUGAGUGCAGAUAACCAGACAUGUUCCAAGAGGAAUAUUCAUGGACGCAAGCUAAAGGACAUCAGCAGGAUGUCUGAUCACUGGGAGGCAGCACCACGUCACAUGAUGCGCCUUGACAUUCGUUCUCUCUUGCAGGAUGCUGCUAUUGAAGAGGUGGAGAUGGAGGAUUUUGAUGCAAAUAUUGAAGACCAGAAAGAAGAAGUAAAGAAGGAUACAGCAGAGGAGGAAGAAAGUGAACUGGGAUCCCGUCCUGCGCCCGCCACACAUCUGAGCCAGACUCUGAGCAGUUAAUGUGCAGCAGAUAAGCCCUGAUACCAGAGAGGGGACGGCACAGAGAUGCACAUCUUCAGUGAUGCUUCUCAGAAAUCACCUUGUGACUUCUCACAGACUCAUGAACUUAAUUUUUGUCAAGGGGUUUACCCUCACAAGUCAGUCCUCUUCCAUUUUGCAGAGGGGCUGCAGGGAUCCUACAUCUUAAUGUGGGAUGGUGGAUGAAAUGCGUGUGAUUUUGAACUCCCUGUGGUGUGGAUUCAUGUGCGGGGGUACACUGAAUGUCUGAAGGUACACUGUGGUCGUAUGUAUUGAUAACAUACCUAUGUGCUAAAUCUUAACAAUGCAGAACUGAGUUGUCAUGGCAGGGGAUUUUCCCAAUACUACAGUUCUGUUUAAUGUGUUAUGGGGAAAAUAGACAUUGGGAGAGAUAUCUGCGUAAGACCUUCCUCCCUAUUAAUCUCAGUGUUUCUUUAUUUGUGCCAGGAUUUAGGGCUAUUAUAUGUAGAUCUUUCACAUGUAGGACCUGAUUUUUUGUAACACCAUAGCUACAUUGUCAUUACUCCUUUACUUCAACGGUUUUCCUGUUUUAUACCUGCAUGAUAUCAGAGUUACAAUACUUGCAUUUGUCCGUCCACUUCAGCUACCUCUCCCACAGCUCUCUUAAUUGUUAUUUUAUAUGUCUGAGAAUCCUUUCUCAACUUCCAGCGUGCAUUGUUGUGUUUGAGGCGUGGGGCUUUUAAAACUAUGAUUUAUUUCCAGUGGAAAAAGCCACUGAAUGCUUUCAAACCCAUUCAGUAAGAAACUGAAUAAAGACAAUUGAACUAGCCCAGAAGGCUUAUAGGAGCAGCUUUGUGAGAUGCUGGUCUGAGUUCUGCAAACUGCUGAACUAGGAGGAUCCUUGGAUCGCUGGAGCGUGUCGCAAGGAGGAUGCAAGGGCCAGUAAAUUUUUCUGAAAAUACUUUUGGGACAUUACACGCUGCUUUCGGUUGAUGUCAGUGCUGUGCUCCUGAGGAACACCUUCCACACUUGUUCCAGAAUUGUUUGCAAAGAGAGAAGCUGUUCUGUGAAAGAUUUCUACUGCCACUAAUUGCCAGAGAACAACUACUGUGGAAAGAACAGCGGGAUGGCUCUGAGGCUGAUGGCUGAUGGUUGGCUGUGGCUGACCUAACAGGCCAUGCAGUAGUCUUGAGAGGUAAGAUCUUCCAUUGGCAACUGCCAGUCUACUGACUGUCUGAGGCCUUAACGUUUGAUAUUUGUUAAGAAACAGAUCUUGAAGUUAGAGUAUUCCCAAUUAAAUGUUGGCCUGUGAUUCAUGACACACUGAAAAGCUAAACUUGUGUCUGUGUGACCAGUGAAUUUGGGGGCAAAUGGUCACAGCUGAGUAAAUCAAUACCAUGAGGAGGGUUUGUCUGAGUGUGUUGAUACAGACAACAGGCUGUUAGCAGGGAACGGGAUGGCUACUGGUGUUCCCAAGUGUGUAAGGGAAAGAAAUUAUCUGUUUGUUUGAAACACACCGUGCAGUUUCAUAGAAACAAGCUUACAACAACUCAGGAGAAGCAAGUUUUGUCUCAGCUAUUCUAGAGUUCACAUGGCAACAGUUUGUUUGGCAUCAAACAGAUGCUCUGUGCCGUUGCAGUCUUGCCACAGCAGCUGCUCAAGAAGCACUGGUCCAAAGAUAAUUCCUUCUAGCAUGAGGUGGCCCCUUCUGAAAAAUGAAAUGCCAUCAUCUUUAUGAAUAAGCCCAGGACCUGGGAGGAUUUUUCUUGCCUGAUUGGUGUGACUGUUCAGAUGCAGAAACCAUUGCCACCAGCAUCCUGGCUACAUUGCAGGUAUGGAAGAUGUUGUACAAGCAAUCAUUAGUGCUAAUGGACAUGUCUCCAGUAAAUGCUAACACAGGGCUGAGUGUAGUAUUAUCACUCCUUUACAUUUCAAUAAAUAAUCAAAGCUCCAUGACAUUCUUGAAACAGAACUUUUGUCACCACAUGAAACACUUGGCUUGGCCUGUUACAGCGUGGGGAAGCCAAGACCCUGUGUGCUGAAUAGACACCUUCCCUGGCUGGACCAUUACUGAGAUGGUGUUUCCAGCUUCCAGGUGCUGCCAGUUCCUGCAAAGAUGCCUCUGGUCUCCAGUAACAUUGCUUGUUAAAUGUUUAGUCACAAACGGGCGAGAUUGCUCUGAAGCUCAGGGGUUAGAAAUAGCUGCCAUGUAAAUGGUCUGUUUGAAGUCACAGUGUCCCCAAGUGAAACGCGGUGCAGGGCUUUACCUGAGCUCUGGCAGCAGCGGCGGCACCAGGAGCUGCGCAGGGGCUUGUGCUCCGCUGAGGGGUUAUUGGAAGAGUUCACUGCCAAGUAAAAAAUCCUGAUGUUCUGUGCUCGCAGAGAAAUGCCAUGGGCACGGCCUGCCACGGGAGAAACAGCGCACUGGAAAACCUCUGGGCCAGCAGCUGCCAGAGCUGACAGGAUCUGCUGCUUGGUGUAAUACUCACAGCUGUGGCCCCUGGCAUUUCCAAACAUGAACAGACGAUAUUCUGCUUUGUAACAAUUGCUUACAAGGCGAGGGUGUCGUGGCUUAAAAAAAAUACUUUUUCUACAGCAUUACCUUUUUGUAACUGUAGCUACUAUUCCUAAAGUGUUUUAUUUAAAAAGAGCCUUUGUAAUUGUUUUUAUUUGAACGCAGGUUGCGCCGCCACGCUGGGGACUCAGUAGAUGCUCAGAUGCAUAGUGUGGCCUCGCUUUCCCUUGGGUGUGAAUUCAUGGUGUUUUCAAAAGCUGGCCUUAUUUCUACUGUUUCUUACUCACAGACGUGGAAAUUAGAAGUGGAAAACAGUUAAGUCAUUGAAUAUUCUGUGCUUGCUCUCUGAGAACCAAAUUAGGAUGGGUUUUUUAUAGAGAUGUACAGAUAUAGAUACGUAUGUAUAUAUUGUCAGGUAUUUUGUGUAGGUUUUUUUUUUUUAAUAAUACAAAAUAUUUUUUUGUAAUUUCUGUUCUGUGUAAAGCUAUGGAUGACAUCUAUGUGCUUUGGGAAAUCCAGUAAAAUAUUUUCAUUGAA